AUGCUUCCGGUGCCGGCCGGGCGGACGAAUUUCGUCGUCGCCGUUCGCUGCCGACAUUUGAACGCGCACGAGGAGUCCAUCGCACCGCUGCGCUACCCGCGACGCAGCGACACCCACCACCACUGCGUCUUCUUUAACCAUACCCCGGCUGUGCACAACGCGUCACGGAUAGCAGAGACCACACACGCGACGGCUGUUCUUGUCGACCCUGACAGCAGCAGCGAUUUCUCCCCGCUGUGGUGCAGCAGCCGCGGGGCAUCGCCGCAAGACCAAUCCUCAUCGCCGCUGCUGCUUCGGCUUGAGGCACGAGAGUUGCAACGCGCGUUGACUAGCAAGGACGGGGUGCGCAGCUUCGCCUUUGACAAGGUGUUUCCACCUGCCUCCACAAAUGAGGAGAUCUACACCGCCCUCGUACAGCGGCUGGUGAUGGCAGCCGAGCACGGCUACAACGGCACCUUCUUCGCGUACGGCCAGACAGGCACAGGGAAGAGCUACACUGUGUUCGGAGAGAGUACUGGUGGCAGCAGCGUGCUCGGUCUCAGCAGCCUCGUGGCGGCUGACUUGUUUGGCCAGCGUCACCGCCCGGAGUGGUACAGCAACGAUGCGGGCAUCAAGCAGCACGGCGAGAAGGCGAUAUUUGUGUCAUUUCUCGAACUGUACAAUGAGCGGCUGCGCGAUCUCCUCGUCGACCCGGCCACAGCUGUGAGCGGGAGCAGUGUGCACAGCCGUGUGGGUGUUGCUCGCUAUGAUGAUUUAGACGUCGUCGAGCACCCGGUGCAUGGAGUGCAGGUGCCGCACUUGACGCGCGAGCGUGUGCGCUGCGUGGCGGAGCUGGAGCAACUGCUGGAGGAGGGCAGCCGCCGCCGCACAAAGGCCGCCACCAACAGCAACGAGGCCAGCUCGAGGAGCCACGCGAUUGUGCAGUUUACGGUUCGGCAGUGCGUUGCGGAUGCUGCUGCUGAUGCUGAUGCUGCAUCUGUUUGUUAUGCUCGGACAGGAGGGAGGGAGGCGGCGGCGCUGCGUACAUUUCUUACGGCGAAGUUGUCGAUGGUAGACUUGGCUGGCAGCGAACGUGUGACGGGAUUCGAGGCCUUCACACGUUCAGCAUUCCCAUGCGGGAGCGUCACUGGUGGCCCUGGCGUCGUGCAGAGGCAACGUGACACUCGCCGCCGGGAGGGAUCGAACAUUAACAGGAGUCUUCUCGCUCUCGGCAACUGCAUCAAAGCCCUAGGGACUGUUUGCCGACAGCAGCAGCAGCGGCAACAACAUCAACAACAGAGGUUGGAGCGGCUUCACAUCGCAGCUGGCGCGCCCGCUGCUUCUCCUUCCUGUUGGCAAGGGGCCACCAUCAGUGCGAAUGCUGCAGUGCCGCUCGAAGCGCACGUCCCAUACCGUGAUAGCAAACUGACGCGUCUGCUCAAAGAGUCUCUCGGUGGCAACACGCAGACGGUCAUGCUGGCUACCAUCUCUCCUAGUUGCACUUCUUUUGAGGAGACGCUUUCAACGCUGAGGUACGCUGCGCGGGCUAGGAGGAUCACACGUCCUGUGAAUCAGAACAUCGUUGUGGACGUGGCUGAGGAGGAAGUGGAGGAGUGUAUGAUACGUGGAGAAGACCGUAGUGCUGCACAUCUCUCUCGCCAAGGAUUUGAAGCGGAUUGUGAUGCAGGCAGACGGCUGCUGUUGCUUAAACUAGAGGCCGAGGUGCGUUCCUUGCAGACGCAACUGCAUGUCACAGAGGCCGCAACGGAGAAGAUGGGGUUGGCGCGGAAUAUGGACACACAUAGAGACGUCCCAUUCUCGGCAACAGAAGCGGCUGGUAUGACGAGGAGUAGCAGCAGCGGCAUCAUCAAAGGAAUAGGGGAAGGUCGCCUGUUGGCGCUGUAUAAUGAGACGCGGCGUGAACUGCAGGCACUCCUACAGGAGAGAGCCGCUGCUGCGUCUGCUGCUGCGAAGCGGGAGGAGAACACCGACAUCCACCGGUGCUCAGCGAACAAGGAGCUGAUCCGUGAACUGGUGCGGAAGGAGCGGCGUAAUGCACUCCUGCAGGAGCAACACCGACGCAUAGAUGCAUUUCUUUCAUAA